AGUCACAUGACAGGCAGUUAGAUUUUCAGUGGACUGUGGAUAACGAUUUGACUCAGAAACGGUCACAGCUCGAUUGAAAGUAUCUUGCUUGACCAAAAUCUCUUUAGUGAUACUUUAGACUGAGAGACUAAGGCAGGUGUCAAGAUCGUGCUACUACCUCGUUCGCGCGAUUGUUAACGAUCUACUAUAUAUAUUAUCAAUCUGAAUGGCAUUGCGAAAUAAUCCGAACAACCGCACACGAUGCUUUCAGAGAGGAGGAAAAUCCCGACAACUCGUUCUUCAGCACCGUUUUUGGCGCAAAAAAGUACGAAUGAAGAUGGCAGAACCAACAAGUACAAAAAUAACAGCACCCGCACGGGGAGAACGAUGCCGGAAAGUUUUGCGUCCGCGUCAACGUCGUCGCGAAAUAAGCGUCGUUCUAGCGGUUUCUUGCCUCCGACCACACUUGACGUCGAGCCAGAAGACGAUACGUCAACAACARUAAGAAGUGAGACAGAAACUGAAGAAAGCGUAGUCAUCGCUCCGACACGACACCAGAGGCAACUGAUGCGACAAGUCUCUGGUUUGGGGUUGGAAGACCCUGUAUUCGGAGGGAGGGAAACAUCAAUCAAAGAAGAGCAUUUCUCGUUUAUUUUUGAAGAUAUGGGUUGUAAUGAUGUGCCGGAAGGUAUGAGGGAUAUGAUCUCAUUGGCAUCCGACCGAACGGAUGAAGUUGAAAUUGUUGACAAAGACGGACAAUACAUAGAAGAAUCAAAAUUUUCCAAGCUCACCGACAAGAUACCAAGUGGAUAUUCCCACUCGCAAACAUCAUCAUCGCAUCGUCGAUGCUCAGUUUCUAGCUUCCCUCCCUUGGGACUCGAUCCCGCUGCAACAGCGUCAUCUCUUUGCUCGAAAAAAAUACCCCGCGAUCUCACGUUGAAUAACUCUUCGCAAACAUCUUCGGUAAUUUCGGGAUUGAGUCCUGUUCCACCCUCCGGUUCUCAUCAACGAAAACCAAGACAACGCCGUAGUAGCUGCGCAAGUACUUCUAUCGUGUUAUCGGAUAAGUAUCUUGCGGCGCAGGUGAACGCUAUGUUAUCCAUGGGMGAGUCGUCAAGGGGCAGUCUCAGCAGCACAAGUCACGUUCGUAACACACACCGCAAGAAAAAAGAAUCACAAAGAAUGAGCAAAGGCCGAGACGAUAGUCGCUCAUCAACAUCGAGCAAAUAUGCCCCACCUUCUCUUCCUUUACCUUCGAGCACGAAAGUCAAAGACCGUGAACGAUACCUUCCAGAAUCUAUGGACGAGAUUUUCUCUUCCAAACGUUCMUUUACCAGCCGGCGGCAGCCUGAAUCURUGGACGAGAUUUUCUCUAAAUAAUCAUCUUGUAGCAGCYGACCGAAGAAAACUUCCACAUGUAGUGGCAAACAAGCGAAAAAGCCAAAGUAGAACCACUCAYACUGCUCACRACAAAAAAACACCUGAAGACUAGUCCAAAAACGGUACUUGAUACGUAUGAUACGACAUUCGAGCUGCAGAAAUUCUCCAAAAUUACUACCAGUUCAUCGAUAGUGUGUCUUCGUAUAUUUCCACUUUUUGCGGUGGCGUUUUUUCAUGUUAUAUUAAUACUAUUACAAUAAAAUUUGAAAACAGUUUCUUCAUUAAUACGAAACGCAUGCUUAAUGAGUUGGGGAUAGUGUACAAAAUAGCUUUGUGGUUUCGUCUUCUUUCUUUGAAACACAAUCCCUUCUCUAGACCAACAACAAGAAUGCAGUUUGCAAUCACAAUCCAAAUGGCAUUCUUUCUAUUGUUACAUAUGUUCAUAGAUUACCCCCUCUUCUUCUGAACACUCAAAUUAAAAACUUAUGCAUGCU